AUGGGAAAAGCAGCAAAAGGAGGGAAGAAGCUGCCCUCUGCCCCUUUGGCAGACAAGAAAAAGGCCAAGAAGAACCCUUUGUUCGAGAAGGCUCCUCGCAACUACCGCCUCGGUGGUGACAUUCAGCCAAAACGUGAUCUCACCCGAUUUGUGAAAUGGCCCAAGUACAUCAGGUUGCAGCGUCAGAAGCGCAUCAUGUUGAUGCGAUUGAAGGUGCCCCCUGCCAUCAACCAGUUCAACAUGGCCAUGGACAAGAACCAGGCGGCAAAUGUGCUGAAGCUUUGCAAGAAGUACAUGCCUGAGACCAAGGAGGCAAAGAAAGCACGACUCAUGGAGAUGGCCAAACAGAAGAAGGAGGGACAGGAAGUGAAGACCAAGAAGCCCCAGGUGUUGAAGUAUGGCUUGAACCAUGUGACCACCUUGGUGGAAAACAAGAUGGCAAAGUUGGUGGUGAUUGCCCAUGAUGUGGAUCCUAUCGAGUUGGUGUGCUGGCUUCCGGCACUGUGCCGCAAGAAGGAUGUGCCUUACUGCAUCAUCAAGGGCAAGAGCCGCUUGGGCCAGCUGAUCCACCAGAAAGCGGCCUCUUGCAUUGCCAUCACUUCCGUGAAGCCUGAGGAUGAGAAGGACCUGAACACCCUGAUCAACAACUUCAAGGCCCAGUUCAACGACAACCUUGAGAACAGAAGGCGAUGGGGUGGCGGCAUCAUGGGCAUCAAAUCCCAGCACGUCACUCAGCGCAGGGAGAGGGCCAUUCAGGCUGAGAAGGCCAAGAAGCUGGGAUUGUCGGAUGGCAAUGAGCUGUCAAGAAGGGAGCUGGAGAGACAAAUCCAAGAGCUUCGGCGAGACAAGGUCCGCCUGGAUGACAGCAUCCGACGGAUGGAAGCCACGCAGAAACGCAUCUUCGGCGAGGAAGAAAGACAAAAGCUGAUGGCGAUGCAUGAGAAGAAGGAAAAUGGCGAUAAGGAGGAUGAGGAUGGAGAGAAGGAGGACAAGGAGGAGGAGAAGAAGGAGGAGCAGAGUGAAGAGACCAGAAAAAGAAAAAGAGAAGACGAAGCAGAGAAGAGAAAGAAGGAAGGGCGGCCUACUAAGACGGAUCCAAGGAGCCGGAAUCUCUUUGGAAAGCUGUUGGGCCACCUCCAGUCUGCCAAAGACAGGCUGCAGAAAGAAAAGACCAGUAAGCUGGGCGAAAUGCAGCAGAAAGCAAUGAGCAGAGUAGAGGAGAAAGUCAAUGUCAGUAGGAUGAACAUCAAAAGCUUAAGAAAAGAUGAGUUUGAAAAGCAGCUCGUAGACGAACAAGCCAAGGUGGCAGAGAUCGAGAAGCAGCUCGAGGCCAAGGAGGUCCUGCUACUGCAGAGGCAACUCGAGCACCACUACUCGUUGAUGAUGAACUUCAUUUGCACUGAGGUGCACCCGCCAAUCUUCUUCCUCCCUGCGAAGCAUACCCGGGAUACCGAGAAACAGUUGGAUAAGACCCGGGCGGGGAUCAAGAAGAAGAUCGCCACCCUGCGGCUCAACUUCCGACAGGAGGUGGAGGCGGCGAACGCUGCUGUUGCGGCAGCUGAGCCGGCCCAAGAGGCCAAAGAAGGUGGCGCGGCGGACAUGGACGUCGAGGAGGAGAAACCCAAGGAGAAGGAAGAGAAGGAGAAGCAAGCUGCAGGCAAUGCGGCGGAGGACGAGGGAGGUGAGAGCGACAGCUCUGGAGACUAGAUUAGACCCCUGGACAUCAAACCUAUAGAAAAC